UCUUUUCCUCUCAAACACUUUUCUUUCCUCUCAUUUUUCUUUCUUAUACCAAACAAACAUUACAUAGGAGAGAGAGAGGAGAGAGAGAGAGAGAGAGAGAGAGAGAGAGAGAGAGAGAAAUUCAGUGUGGCUAGGUAUACCGUCGGCGAACAGAACGACACCGUCCACCGACCAUCUCUUCUCCCUUUGAUGCUUAACAGCUCAAGAUUUUCUUCCCCUCUUUCUCAAUCAGAGCUCAAAAAAUACGAAAAUGCAGAAAUGAGAACCAAUUUUAUGCAUUGGUAGUGUUCUGGCAAAAACCUCAAUAAUGCCAUGAGGUCUAUGCACUUUUCGAAAACUUUCUUGAUUGUCCUCGCCCACGGCUUCUCUUCUGCUUCAACUCAUUCAGGAGGGAAGCUUUCAAGGUUUCCAGACCUUCCUAAAGUUCAUUCCAAGUACAAGCAUAGAGUGAUUCAAGAAGCUCAGAACGCCUUUAUUGACUACCUUCACACCACAAGGUCAUUGCCUUUCACAUUCGCCGAACACAUUGCUAGAAACUCCAUUUUUUCUCUCUGUAAUCUUAUCAAGAAGAUUGAUUCUUUCUACGUUUCCACUUUCUCCAGAAGCUUCAGUAAGCUCCUCAGGUACCAACCCAUCAACGAAUUUGAAUUUUUCUUUGAGAGCAUAGGCAUAGAUCAUGAAGAUGUUCCUCGAUUUUUGCCUGAAAAGUUCUUGUUUUCGGAAGAUGUGUCUGUAUUGAAUGUUUCUUUUGCUCUUUCUGGAUUCGGGUUUCCAUGGAAUACUUUAGGGAGGUUGUAUAAGGAGAAAGUUUCGAUUUUUAGUCAGGAUUCUGCUCAGGUAAUUGCUAGACUUCGUGGGUUUAAAGAGUAUGGGUUUUGUAAUCUCUCAGUAGUUGGUAUUUGUCUAGCUUUCCCUCACUUGCUGAGUUUGGAAGGUCAUUCGGGUUGUGAUGAUAUAGAUUCAUUAUUUGAUGAUUUGAAAAGGGUUUAUGUAGAAUUGAAUAUGGGGAGUUUUGUUGAGGGAAAUGUUGAUGGUUGGUAUGAGGUUUGUUGUAAAGUUAAGGUGUUUUAUGAUUUAGGUUGUGAGAAAGGGAAGGUUGGGGAAUGGAUUUGUAGGAAGAAAGAACUUUUUCUUAAUUGCCCGAAUGAUCUCUUACUCCGAAAAGUUGAUUACUUUUGUGAAUUUGGUGUUAGAAAGGAUUAUGUGGGUUGGUUUCUUCUUAAGAAUCCAAAAGUUUUGAGUCUUGACUUAGAAACACCAGUGAUAUCAGUGUUGAGAUUGUUAGAACAUUUCGGAUUGAACACUAAAAAAUUACAAGAGGUUAGUCAGAAUUACAAUCAUGUGUUGGGAAGAAAUAAAAUGGCUAAUUUACCUCAAGUGAUGAGGGCUUUGGAUCUACAUGAAUGGUUUUUCAAUAAGAUUAUGUAUACGAACAGUCGAUUAUUGGUUACUUACUCCAUCGGUUUCCCUGACCAAGAUAUUGAUGAAGAGUUCAAUAAAGCCUUGAAGGAGAUUGAAUCUUCAAGACUUCAUGCUCAUACAGCUAGCAAAUUGGAUUUCUUGAAAGGAAUUGGUUUCGGGGAAAAUGCUUCGACUAUAAAGGUCCUAAAUCAUUCCCACGGUACCAGUAGUGAGCUGCAAGAACGAUUCGAUUGUCUUCUUGGUGCAGGAAUUUCGUACUCAAAGCUAUGUUUGAUGAUUAACAUAUCACCAAAGAUCCUUAGUCAAAGUCCAGAAAUAUUAGAGAAAAAGGUGAACUUUUUGUGCCAGGAAAUCGAUUCGUCUUUAGAAAUACUUGAUAGUUUUCCAAGAUAUUUGAAUUUCCACUUGGAAAAUCGGAUUAAGCGAAGACACAACUUUUUUCUUUGGCUUAGAGAGAAUGGUUUAUGUGCCAAAAACUACUCCAUUUCAAGCAUGGUUGCCACAAGUGAAAGAAACUUCAUAGCUCGCCUUUCGGGUAUUCAUCCAGCUGCUCCCAAACAAUAUUUAGAGUGUUUCUGAAUAAAUUUCUAAUACAAAAGGGAUCAUUCAUUAACAAUUUCCAGGAGACAUUUCUGAGUAUGAUCUUAUCAACAAAAGGGUUAUUAUUAUGGUCUAAUCUCUGCCAACAUUUUGGUGAGUACUACUAAACUUUAAUUAUUAGAUUAAAGAUAGAAACUGUAAUUUAUUUUUAGAACAUAUUUUCUUUGGUUUCACCUGCAGGAACAGGGUAAAUGGUGAUACCAAAACACCAUGAAUCGAACUUGCAGAACGAUCUGAACCUCGACAUACCUAUUGUUGUGCACCGUUCGGUUGUUGAAUGUUCAUCGGGGCUUUGACAGUGAACUUGACUUGUUUGGAUUCUCAACUUGGCUUUACAAAAAUUUCAUAUGUAAAUGAAAAUGGAAUGAAUCUUUGUUUCAAUAGUGAAAUGAAUUUAUACAUGAAACUUGUUUAUGGUUCACUAAAACUGAUUAUAGUUAAUCAAAAUUCCCAAUUAAGUUGAAAA